UUUAUUAUAAAGAAUAAAGAUUAUAAUUUAUAGAAUAGUAUCAUAUCUUCAUUCUUCACUAUGUUAAAGUAAAAAUUAAUUAACAAAUACCGGAACGAAAUACUCCAAGGUAAAAAAUGAGCUUAAGUAUUGACUAUAGGGUAUAUAUGAUUUAAGUGUUUAACUAUAUAAUUAGUAUUCGUUUUAAUUUUGUUUACCAAUUUGUAAUUUCCGGACGAAGAAUUAACUAAGAAAUAAUUAAAAUUAAAACUUUGUAUUCAGAAUCGCCAUUUACACGGCUAACAUAAUCGCAUUAAAUUGUAUGCUUUGAAAUGGAAUCAUUAUAUGGUUUACCUUUUAAAGUUCUCGAAGUCCCAAAUUUACGUUUAAAGCGACCGUCAUGGUUAAAGAAACCGUCUGCCAUGUUCAUGUAUGUGAUCGUUACAAUCUCAUAUUUUUUGGUGACUGGAGGGAUCAUAUAUGAUGUCAUCAUAGAACCACCUAGCGUUGGUUCGACUACAGAUGAAAAAGGACAUUCAAAACCAGUGGCAUUUAUGCCUUACAGAGUUAAUGGACAAUACAUUAUGGAAGGUUUAGCGUCAAGUUUUCUAUUCAACAUCGGGGGCUUAGGAUUUGUUAUAUUGGAUUUAACUAAUAAUAAAUCAACUCCAAAAUUGAACCGUACUCUUCUGACUGGUGUUGGAUUUGCAUGCAUCAUUGUAUCAUAUUUUACAUGUUGGACAUUUAUGAGAAUGAAACUUCCAGGAUACUUGAAGUCAUAAGAAAUAAAACAUUGAACAAACAUAUUUUUUUUUUAUUUUACAUGUUUUCAUAAGCCAAUCGAUAUUCUCAAUUUAUAUGUAUUGAGUAAUAAUAAAUAAAUAAUAAUUUAAAAAUAAAAUAAAAUAUAAUUUAUCCACAAAA